AUGCAAAAGGAAAGCAAUUCAGAGCAACAAAACAAUUGUGCAUCCCUCCCCACUUUUACAUCAAAGCCUAUUUAUCGAGCCAGGCGCAUUUUUCCUCAAAAAACCCCAGAGAAAAGAUUUUCAAGUAUAUCGGAUAAAGAUACAAUAGAGAUUGUUGAAAAGACUGAUUAUAAUCAAUUUGCAAGAAAUCCAUUUCGAACAGCGCAUUUAGAUGAUGUUUUAUUUAAUUCAAACAGCAGAAAACAAGAGAGUGACAGUUUUGGCGAGCCGGCAAAAAAAGCGCUCAAUUUUGACGAUAAAAAUUUGGAACACUCUUUUGCUCAGCUUUUAACUCCAGAAUAUGGGAACUUGAGUGGGAAAAGGAAAAGAACUGAUAAUACUGAGCCAAAAACCUGCAAAAAGGACAAACGAUCGGCAGGGCCAGUUCCUAUCAUGAUGGUCGAGCUGAUAGACCCUGAGACUAACCAAACAGAAAAUUUUCGAUGCUUUAAAGAAGAAACGAUGUUUAAACACAUAGGAAUAGAAUUAGAAGAAUCCAAAGGCGAUGCAGAUAAUGACGUCAAUUCUGAUGAAGACUUAAUCAGCGAAAGUGUAAAUUUUUUAACCCAAGAAUUAGAAGAAGAAAUAACGAAGCAGCCAUAA